CUUUUCCACUCUCCUGAAAUGCCUACCAGACUUCACCAUAACAGAAAGAAGCGUGGACACGUCUCAGCCGGUCACGGUCGUGUUGGAAAGCACAGAAAGCAUCCUGGUGGUCGUGGUCUUGCUGGUGGUCAACACCAUCACCGUACCAAUAUGGACAAAUACCAUCCUGGUUACUUUGGUAAGGUCGGUAUGCGUCACUUCCACUUGAAGAAGAACCCUCUCUGGCGUCCUGUCAUCAACCUUGACAAAAUCUGGACUCUUGCUGGUGAAGGUGUUCGUGAAAAGUACAAGAACACUGAAAAGGUUCCUGUCAUUGAUACUCUUCAACAUGGUUAUGCUAAGGUUUUGGCUAAGGGUACUAUCAGCCAACCUGUCAUUGUCCGCACUCGUUAUGUUUCUGCCCUUGCUGAAAAGAAGAUCAAGGAAGCCGGCGGUGUUGUUGAAUUGAUCGCUUAAACAAUACAAUUUUCCGUCAAUAUUUGUCAUCAUUAAAACGUCGCAUUUUAAAAAAAAUGACUUAUUUGGCAAAUUUACUUGUCGUCUUUUGUUGUAGUUGACACAGUAAAAAAAACAGCUCCUCCACAUCUCAGAUAAGAAGUCGUAGUAAAAAAAAGAAAAAGUGCACUACACAGCUACAAUCAUAGUUUUUAGACUGUUGUGUUUGAAAAGCGAUGCAGUUUCGCUGCACGUUACAAUCCUGUGGAUAAUGAGCUCUCUCGUUUUAA